AUGCGCGAGAUCAAGAUCACGUUGAGCACAUCUCACCACAACAUCAUCCGCUCCCUCAGCCCAUACAUCUCGCCCUCCUCCAGCGAGGUCAAGGUCCUCAGGGAGUUCUGCGAGGUGGCAGCCUCGACUCUGCGACUUGGUGUCUCCGGCGGGCUCAUCAACUCCAUGGCAGGCACCUUCACCAGCACCAGUCUCUACAUGGCGCCGGAAUCAUUGUCCAGGCACGAAUACACCAUCCAAUCGGAUGUCUGGUCGAUGGACAUCUCCCUACUUGAGCUAAUCCAGAACCGCUUCCCCUUCCCUAGCGAUCUUGCCGCGAUUGAGCUCACGAUGUACAUCACCCAGUCCGAGCUGCCAGAGCUUGAGAACGAGGGCCCAUUCACCUACAGCACUGAGAUGAACGAGUUCAUCAAGCUAGUGCUGACGCGAAACGCUGCGCUCUGCCCGAUGCCUGCGAGUCUCCUCCAGCACCCGUGGAUCAAGAACGUCAAGCAGCAUGAAGCCGACAUGGCUAUUUGGAUACGCAAGGUCUGGCCGGGCUGGCCCAAAUGCAGGGGUCCGGGUCAACGUUGCAGACGGUAG